GUGUUGGGUGUGUUUUCCAGCAAGUGCAAAGCUGAUCGGUGCCUCAGCGCAGGGAAGAGGGUGAACCAUACUGAUUCUCAAUGGAAAAUUACAACCAGACCUCCACUGACUUCAUCCUCCUGGGCCUGUCCCCCUCAUCGAGAUUUGGCCUUCUCCUUUUCACUCUCAUGGUCCCCAUCUUCCUGAUGGCCCUGACUGGCAACCUGUGCAUGGUCCUGCUCAUCCUCCUGGACGCCCAGCUCCACACACCCAUGUACUUCCUGCUCAGUCAGCUCUCCCUCAUGGACCUCAUUUACAUCUGCACCACUGUGCCCAAGAUGGCUUCUGGCUUCCUGUUUGGAAACAAGUCCAUCUCCUUCAUUGGGUGUUGGAGUCAGAGUAUUUUCUUCACAACCUUAGCAGGUGCAGAAGCGCUGAUCCUGAUGUCUAUGUCGUAUGACCGCUACGUGGCUAUUUGCUUCCCUCUGCACUACCCCAUCCACAUGAACAGAAGAGUGUGUGUGCUGAUGAUCCUGGGAUCCUGGGCCAUGGGUGUCAUCAAUGCCUGUACUCACACCUCAUAUGUAUUCCACAUGCCUUACUGUAGGUCCAGGACCAUCGAUCACUUCUUCUGUGAUGUCCCAGCCAUGGUGACUCUGACCUGUAGGAACACCAGGGUCUACGAGUACACUGUGGUUGUUAGCACUAUCCUCUUUCUUGUGUUCCCUUUCCUGGGUAUUCUGUGUUCCUAUGGUCGUGUCCUUCUUGCUGUCUACCGCAUGCACUCACAAGAAGGCAGGAAGAAGGCCUAUUCCACCUGCAGCGCCCACCUCACUGUGGUGACUUUCUACUAUACACCCUUUGCUUACACUUAUCUCCGCCCAAAGUCCUUCCGUUCUCCAUCAGAAGACAAGGUUCUGGCCGUCUUCUACUCUAUCCUCACCCCAGUGCUCAACCCCGUGAUCUACAGCCUGAGGAACAAGGAGGUGCUGGGGGCCCUGAGGAGAGUGGCUUGGAGAAUCUGCUCUGGGAAAAUGUAG